UGAGCGUGUGAUUUCAGUCCAAAACGGAUAAGGCAACUAGAAAUACGAAAAGUCACUGAAUAAAUGAAGAGAUAUAACGAAAAUUCCUUUGUUUCUACGCGAUAAAAAUAUUAGAAAAUAAAAUAAUUUAUAUUGCCAACAAAUAUUUACGUGGAUAUAAAAACUAAAUAAAUAGAAGAUUUAUAUUUUCAAUAGUGCUAAAACAGAAAUAAACUUGGUUUAAAAGAAAACAAAACUAAAAAAGGGUGUGUAAAAAAACUAUAUGAAGAAAAAAAUACAUGCCAAUUUAAUUGCAAUUACAAAAGCAAAAUCGUGAAAAAAAGACAGUGCAAGUUUGAUGAAAAAUUGAAAAAGCAAAUUCUGGUUUUUGACAAAACGAAAAAUUUACAAAAAUGCGGAAGUACAGAAAAUAAUUAAUUAAUUAGUGAUAUUUUAAAUUUAAUAAAAAAUAUACUAUAUGCCAGAAAAAAUAAAUUAUUUUUAAAACAAAACAAGACAAAACUAAAAUUCUAAGAAUUUCCAAAACAAAAGCUAAACAAAGAAAAACAUAAAAGGAAAAUACAUAAUAAAAAGAGAAAGAAGUGAAUAAAGUGAAAAAAUACAAAAUGUCGACACAACGCAUUAAUGCAGCUGAAAAAGAUUUGGAGAAAUUUAUUAAAUUUCUAGCCCUAAAAUCCACCCAAGUAGUGGUGCAGUCCCGUUUGGGCGAGAAGAUUCAAACGAAGUGUAAUCCUUUGGCGGGCAAUGAUUGGUUUAAUUUAGUCGUCGAAGACCAUCCAGAUGUUUAUGCUGAAACAAAAAAGGCUUUAGCUCUGGCUCCAGGAGAAUCAAUUUUAAAGCGUUUACCCUUGUGCGUGGAGAUUUCAUUGAAAACAGUAGAAGGCGAUCAAAUGAUUUUGGAGGUGUGGUCAUUGGAGUUGCAACCAUCAGCCUCAAAUAAAACUAAGGAAGCCAACGAUAAGGCCCAAAAUCAAAACCUGAAUUCUACAGCCACUGAACAACCCUGCUUAAAGACUGCUCAUGCUAUUUACAAUCGCAUGGGUAUGCUAUUGAAAUCAUUGAUUUCUUUGACACGUGCCACACCCGCUUACAAGCUAUCCCGACGUCAGUGUCCUGAUUCUUACAGUAUUUACUACCGCAUCUAUGUAGAACGUCCUCAGAUUCAUACUUUGGGUGAAGGUCACAAAAAUGUUCGCAUUGGUCAUUUGAAUACUAUUGUGGGUAAUCUAGUUAUGUCGGUUGCCUAUCGCACAAAAAUGACUAUAACGCCCACAACCACUGCUGGCCAGACGAGGACACGAGAAACAAAUACCAUUAUGAUUGAUUCGAAUCAUUUCAAACAUACCGAAACGGCUGGCAAACAAAAUGCGGGCGGUUUGAAUGGCAAAAAGUCUGCUGGUCUAGGGGGUGAAAAGAAAAUCAUCGAUAUUGAGAAGCCUUUACGCCCAGGAGCAUUUACUGACAUCGGCAAAUUGCGUCAAUAUACAGAAGAUGAUUUCGUUUUACCCGAAACACCACCAUUUGAAUGGCUUUUAAGAAAACCAAGACAUGAAAGUGCUGGUAGUGCGGGUACUGGUUCAAUAGAAUCCUUAAAUCGUAAAUGUGAUUCACCGCAAACAUCCCCCUUGGGCAAUGGACAUCAGAAUAAUAUCAACAUUAACAAUGCACUGAACAAUAAUUCAACCAACAGUAAUAAUGCAAAUACCACCACAAACAACAAUUCAGCAGCGUUUAAAAGUUUGGAGAACGAUGAAAAUUUACAACAGCAACUGUUGCAGCAGCAACAACAAAAGUCACCUAACAACUCUACUCAUUCACAAUCACCCGUUAAGAGUCUGUUUGUUCCACAGCCACCUGCUAACACAAGACCGCCGCCACAUGCCUCUACAAACAAUUUGCCCUUGUCGCAAGUCAACAAUCAUUCGGCGGACGAUGAGAAUCUCCUGAAAGAACUCAAUUUCCCUUUUGCCUCGCCAACCUCACAUGUCAACGAUUUGGCGAAAUUUUAUCGUGAUUGUUAUCAUGCCCCACCCCUAAAAGGCUUUUCCGAAUUGCAAGCUGAAAUCUGUACGACAACAGCAACAACGACUACGGCAAUUGUAGCACCAAUCUCCUCCUCCGCCUCCUCUAAUAAUACCCAAACAAACGCGGUAAAUCCACAAUCCUGCUCGGCUGCCUCAAAUGCUGCCGAUUAUUCAUUUGUAGAUGAUCUCUCUAAACAGCUGGAACAGUUUGAGACUUCAUUGGAAGAUUAUGACAAACUUGUGUCACAAUUAGGUAUUUUACAAACCUCCUCUUCGACCGGCAGUCGCAGUAGUGGUGGCCUGCAAAUGAGUAAUUAAGUAGCAAACCUGAAAAGAGUAAUAAUUAUCUGUGUAUAGUAGAAAAAAGAGGUUAUAUUCAUAUUUUAUAUAGAGAAACAACAAUAUUUUUUAGUAUAUAAAAUAUAUUAAAUACAUGCAUAUUAUGUAAAAAAUUACGCUAAAACAAAAAAAAGAUUUCUAAACGAAAAAGGUACUGAUAUUGUAAAUUGUAAUAUUUUUAAAUAUAUAUUCGUUUUAUUUUUGUAUUUAUAAAUAUUAUAUAUUUUUUUAAUUUCGUUUAAAAAUAUCACUGUAUAGUUUUUAGUUUAAAAUUUGUUUAAUUUAUUAGAAAAAGUAAGAAAAAUCUUGAAUAAGAAUGUUUAAAAAAAAUAUAUUUUAAAGGCCCUAUUAUUACAUCAAAUUUGAAAUGUGUCUAAGGUUUAAAAAAAAUUGUAUGCACAUUUUUGUUUCAUAAAACUUUGAUACGUUUUAAAUUGAUUGAAAAUAUGGGUCAAUUAUUUAAAUAUUAUUAAAAAAAAAAAACCAAAAACAUACA